GUGGUUUAUUUCAUCUUGCGUACUUAGUAAUCAAACAGUUUUUCUAAAAGCAAUGAAUGAUGUGUUUACAGAUAAUUCUGGGGUUCCCCAAGUCAAACCCCAGUCAAGUUAUAGUUCUUUGAGUUGACUUUCCUACUGCUUGUCUUGUUAAAAAGAAGACAAGUUACGUAUCCAAUGAAUAACAGGAAGCUUUAUUUUUAUGACAGAACGAGUAUAUGAAGGAUGACUUCCUGAUCAAAAUUGAAACCUGGCAUAAAUCAGAUCUUGGAACACAAGAGAAUGUUCAUAAGCUGGAGCCAGAUGUAUGGAAGAACGUAGAAGCUAUUUAUAUAGACAUUGCUGAUCGGAGCCAAGUACUUCCCAAGGAUUACAAGUCAGAAGAAGACCCAGCAAAAUUUAAGUCUGUCAAGACCGGACGUGGACCUCUGGGUCCCAACUGGAAGAAGGAGCUGGGGAAACAGACAGAUUGUCCAUACAUGUGUGCUUACAAGCUGGUAACGGUCAAGUUCAAGUGGUGGGGUCUGCAAAAUAAAGUUGAGAACUUUAUACAGAAGCAAGAAAAGCGUCUCUUCACAAACUUCCAUCGGCAGCUCUUUUGCUGGCUCGAUAAGUGGGUUGAUCUGACUAUGGAGGACAUUCGUAGGAUGGAGGAUGAGACCAAGAGGCAGCUGGAUGAGAUGAGAGAAAAAGAUCCAGUGAAAGGAAUGUCGGCUGCAGAUGACUAACGUGACUUCUUCCUUGUGCACUUUUGCAAGACAGUCAUCAGGAAGGCCCGGGGAAUCCACACUCUUGACUGACGGACCAUCUCUGGAUCAAGCCUUUCUCUAUCCAAUCGGCAGGCGAU